GCAAGUUGUUAUACCAGACACAGUUUUGACAGAUUCUAAUGCUGUACUGUAGGUGAUAUAAAACGGUUUGGAAAAAUUGCAUAAGAGGUCUUACGUUUCCUGUGUCUCGUUGUACGCUUAUCUCACCACCUAUAAUCUCUUAUCAACAGAACGGCAAGGCAUUCCCAAACCUUUGGACUCAUAAUGUACAAAACUUGCUUUCCAUCAAGCCUUUAAUGACCCUUAUAGAUACUAGGGCUGUGGUCUCAUAUAAUGCCCUGGUUCAUAAGUAGUGCACUAUAAAGGAUACUGUUUGGGACGCACAUUAUCUGUGGGGCUGGCCGUUCUCCGUCACUGCUGGGACCUGUUCAGGAGUGUGUAACGUUAGCGAUGGGAAUGUGUUGGGACGGAUAUGACUGUAAUACAGGACAGACACAAGCUCUGGUUCUGUUUCCGAUCAACGUGAAAUGUUCACCUGACUGAAUACACCCUUGCAGAUGGACUUUGACCGUGGCGUUUCCAAGCAGGAAGUCAAGGAUAAUAUUUGUCUUUACUUUUUUUUUUUACCUGCCGAUUGUGUCGGAUGCUUGUCUUGGAACAUGUAUGCCACUGUUGGAAUAUAAGAGGCUUGAUCAUGGAACAGUGAACUGAGGACACAGGCUACAUUCACAGAUUGGUGACGUCACGAUUCCAAAAAAAAAAAAAAAAAGAAGAAUGUUCCGGAAUAAUAGCGGGCCGUUUCCCUCUCAACCAAGAGGGUUCCCUCAGGAGGAUCCCCCCUCUCAGAGGUCCAGUAUGACCAGACCCAGUGCCAAGUCCAUAUACAUGCAAAGGAAGGAGUAUUCUGAAACAAUGAACAAACAGCCGGACAGCUUCCAGUACAGGGUGGAGCAUCUGUUUACGUGUGAGUUGGACGGCCUGGAGGUGCGCAACCUGGAAGACUGUGUGACCAGGCUGCAGAGGCUGGAGGCUAAGGGCCGUGUCUGGGGACAGGAGGUGAUCCUGGAGGUCCAGGGAGGAUACCUUCAGCUCAACGACAUCGAGACCAAGGCAGAGCUGGAGUAUGUGCCUUUGGGAAGUGUAGUCCAGACCAAGGCUGUGUUGGACACUUGUGCCUACAACUCCCUGCUCACCGUUAUGGUCCAGGAACGCAACAGACGCAUCCCUCAAGUCUUCAUGUUCCAGUGUGAGGAGGUCGGGGCAGAGCAUAUCAGAGAAGACCUGGACAGGGCUGUCCAACACAGCGCCAAUGCUCCUCCUCCUGAACCUCACAGAGAACCAAGCAGACACAAGAGUAAUCUGGAGAACAUCAUUGGUCAACAGGCGAAUGGGAAUGGCUUCCGGCCCGUAGAUCCUGCUCCUCCCAUGAUGCUGCAGGAGAGGACCCCUCCUCCCCCUGACCGCACCGCCCCGGGGUACAACAACAGGAACGGCAGGGACUAUGAGAGCUUCCCUCCCCCUCCAGUCUACAGCCCACUACAGGAGCCCCUGUACAAUCCGGAGGUAUACGGAGGGUCACAUCAGUAUGGAGCUAGAGACCAAGAGCCUCGCCAACCCCAGCCUCAAUACACUGACACAGAGAGGAAUGUGGACAUUUUAAACCAUGUGCUGAACGACGUGGAGUUCUUCAUGGGGAAAGUAGCCCCUCCUAAUGAAGAGAAGAACAACAAGAAGAAAAAGAAGAAGAAAAGCUCACAGCCAAACGCUGACAACUUGCCACAUUGGGAGGAGUUUGUUGCCUGUCUUCAGAAAAUCAAGUAUGGAUUCAACCUGCUGGGAAAGCUGAAUGGAGCGAUCCAGAACCCUAGUGCUGCUGACUUUGUCCACAUUCUCUUCUCCACUCUGGACAUGUUGGUGUGCCACUACCCCCCUGACCUGCCCCCCUCUGUACUGACCCCCCUGCUAACAGAGCCAGCCAUCAUCUUGCUUAGCCAGGUGGUCACCCCAGAGGAGGACCAGAAAUGGAGGGCUCUGGGAGACACCUGGAACAUCCCCAGGUCCAAAUGGCCAGACGGUCACAUGAUCCCGCACUACAACCCAGAGUUCUAUGAUGGUUGGCAGCCGCCACAGUCUGUCCCACCGGCAGCCAAUCAGGGCCUGAGCAGGAGCAACAGCCAGCACAUCCCCCCGAGAAAGGAAAUUAUGCAACAGAUGCCUGAUGAGGGCAGGCAGUUGAGUAGGAGCAACAGCCAAUACAUGCAACGACCUGAGGAGCCCAUGAUGAACUCUCCGCCAUCUUUACGCCCCAGUGAGCUGGUCCCAGUGAGGAUGCGUGUGAUCUAUGACUUUAUGGCCAGGAACCCCCAGGAGCUGAGCAUUAUGAAGGGAGAGGUUGUCCAGGUCAUAGACAAGUCGGGGCAGUGGUGGAGGGUCCGUAAUGAACGUGGUGAGGAGGGUCACGUCGCUAAGAACGUUCUAGAGCCUCUGGAUGGAGGGGGACCCUGGGAUGAGGGCCAGGAGGUGCGCUCCCCUCCACCCCUCAACAUGCAGUCCAGACCUGCAGAGGUGAAAGCCUGGCUGGAAUACAAGGCCUUCUCCAAAAUAACGGUUCGUAGCCUGAGCGUGCUGAACGGAGCCCUGCUACUGGGGAUGUCCAAAGAUGAGAUGAGGACGGUGUGUCCAGAGGAAGGAGGAAGAGUCUUCUUCCAGCUGCAGGCCAUCAAGUCCUCCAUCGCCCUUGCCAGUGAGUCCAUUGGAUACGGCUCUUAUAACGGUCGUUAGACUGACUCGUCACAAGUAACAACCAAGAGCCGACUGAGGGAGAAGAAUAACUCAACUAUUUAACUUUUCAUUUAAUCAUAUUUUUUUUUUUGUCCAUUCAUAGACGGGUUGGUUGUUUAGCAACAAAACCAAUGUGUGAGUAACUAUGGGUCAAAAACACAGAUUGGUUUUGACUGUUGACAACAUGUAAACUAUAUUAUUUCUCUAAAUGUUUUAUUGAGAACAUAAAUAAAUUUGCACAAUCAGCACUUUUUUUUUGUUUAUCUUUCAACUUCCAAGAUCAUUGCAGACAUCUGAGCGCUGCCCUUUCUUUUGCCCCCAAGAAUAUAGAAAGGUACUGUAGUGUUAUGAAUCAGGUGAGUAGCACAAGGUCCCUAUAGCGUGCUGCAAACCCAGAUCACCUGAUCCAAAGACAAACGUCCUGACCACAAUCCUAAUAAGGAUGUCCGGUGAGUAGAGACUGUAAGGCGCCCAUCAACUAAAGGAUAGAUUCUUUCAGAUCCUCGCAGAGCGGUUGUUUUGGCGAUGUCUGAGGUGGAACUGUGUUAGAGCUGUCAAAUCCAAUCAAAUUAAAAUGUAAUUUGUCACAAGU